GACGAAAAUAGCCGGCAAAAAGCGGUAAGUACAUUUAUCGUACAGUGUUGCGCAUGCGUGUGAAAAUUACAAAGUUUACAAAACAUACGAAAUUAUUCUCUCAGACGUCGAGGUAGGAAGUAAGAAAGAAAGAUGGCAUCAUCGUCUAUGGCUGAUUUAUCAGGCGUAGAGAACAUCACUAGAACAUUCAAAAGUACACUUGAAAAGAAAGGCCUGACAGGAUUACAAAGUGAAUUAGAUGAAAGUUUGAAAUGCUGGAAAAAUACUAAAAUCGAUAUAGCAGUUACAGGAGCGUCCGGUGCCGGAAAAUCAACAUUCAUAAAUUCAGUAUUAGGUUUGGCUGGAAACCACGCAGCUCCUACUGGAAUUACUGAAACAACGGUGGACGUUAAGUCUUACACUUCGAAACUAUAUUCUAAUGUCGUUUUCUGGGAUUUACCAGGUGUUGGUACUCCAACUUUUCCAAGAGAUAAAUACGUACAUGAAGUGAAACUUGAAACUUUCGACUUCUUCAUUUUAUUAACCCAAACCAGCUUCAGCGAAAACGAUGUCUGGCUAGCCAAUCAAAUACAACAACUAGGAAAAGGAUAUUUCCUCGUUCGGUCACACGUUGGUCAGGAUAUUCGAAAUUAUAAAAAAGCGCAUCCAAAAUGUACUGACCCAAACAAACAAUUAUCCGUCAUCCGCCACAACUGUGAGAAAACACUUAAAGAAGACACAGAAAAUCUCACAGUGAUACCACACAACUUUGAGCAAAUUCGUGUGUAUUUGAUUGACAGCUUUAUUUUGACAGAUUUUGACUUCAACACACUUGUAGACGAUCUGAUCAAGUUAGCAGGUGGAGCAAAGGCAAACGUUCUUGUCUCUGCUCUUUCAUCGGCAACACAAGAAAUCAUUGAUAAGAAAUUCCACGGACUUCUGCAUAGAAUUCUAUGUGUGUCCAUGCAAGCAGGUUUGAAUUGCACUGUUUAUAACCCUGAACAUGUAAUAAAAGAUGUCUUUGCUCAAGAAAGUAAGUUCUAUAGAGAGGUUUUUGAAAUUGACGACAAAACCCUAGGAAGCGUCCCAGAACUACUUAAUCUUUCUAGGCUAGGUGUGGAUAUAAUGGGAACGACGUUGGAACGGAUAAGUCAGAAUCUAAUUCAAUCACAUAUUGAAAGGUUCCAAAAGUGCAUACAUAUUUUAAAGAAAAAAAAUAAUCCGAAUUUCGAUGACUUGAAUAUUAGUUCAAAAAGCUAUGUUAAAAUGAUAUAUGACAUUCUGCUGUUAUACAUGAAAUGCAUGCAUCUCCUUGCCAGUAAUUUGUUUCAAAAUGUACCCAAACAAGUUGUGAACAAACAUUUAUAAAAGGAUGGUAUCAUAUAGAAAUAAAAUAUGGAAAAAAGCAAA